AAAUGGGAGAUACCUCCAAAGGAAUCAGUACUGAAGAUGGCAUGUCUGCAUCAUGGAAAAUGGGAGAAACAAGUGGCACUUAUGCUAAGGAAAUUACUCUGGAGCAGAAACAACAGAUUCUUCAGUUGCCAACCCACGUGGAAGUGGAAUACUGGAAAAAGAAGAUGCAACAAAUAGAACGGCAGCUGAAAUGCUUGGCAUUUCAAAAUCCAGGACCGCUUCUAGCAGAUUUCAACCCUGAAACUCGGGAGCAGCAAAAGAAAGCUUGCAUGUCAAUGAUAAACCAGGAUUGCUUUAAUAAUACAAAGAAAACUGUGAAGAAAUAUGACAAACAUGGCCAGCUGCUUUCCAACAAAACAGAUUUGUGUGACUGCCUGGAGAAGAACUGCUUGGGCUGCUUCUAUCCUUGCCCUAAAUGCAAUUCUACGAAAUGUGGCGUAGAGUGUCGUUGUAACAGAAAAUGGACUUAUGAUGAGAUUCAAACCGAGGCUGGGCAAAUUGUUAGAUUUCCAUUUUGAGUCACCUAGCAAUAUUUUUUGUUCUGCUCUAUGUGACAAAAAAUGCUUUCAAAAAUUCAUGUACUCCAUAAUUAGAUAAAGAUACUGUUCAGCCUGUAUUUCUCAAAGGUUUAAUUUCUGUUGUAGUUAAUAAAUUUAAAAAGAAAAUUA